AUGGACGGCGCACAAUUAAGAGAUGAGGCUGUAGCCGAUCGUGUUCGGUCUGCACAAGAAUUUCUCGAUCCAACGGAUGGCUCAGCGAGAACUUAUCGAUCCGAUAUCAUACUCAUGCUUCAAAAGAAGCAACGCCGCUUAAUUGUCAGUAUCGAUGAAGUUCGCGCACAUAAUCCAGAAUUGGCAAAUGGCCUUCUCGAGCAACCAUUUGAUUUCGCUCAAGCAUUCGAUCGCGCACUAUUUCAAAUAGUACAAACAAUCCCAAAUACUAAUGCUAGACAAUCUUCUGAGGACACUAUGUACUAUUGUGCUUUUUCUGGAAGUUUUGGUCAAUUCGCAUGUAAUCCCAGGACUUUGUCAAGUACGCAUUUGAACAGGAUGGUUAGUUUGGAGGGAAUUGUCACAAGAUGUUCAUUGGUGAGGCCGAAAGUUGUCAAGAGUGUACACUAUAAUGAGAAGAAAAAGAUAUUCCAUUUCAGGGAAUAUAAGGAUCAAACAAUGACAGCAAGUGGAGCAAGUACAUCGAGUGUUUAUCCACAGGAAGAUGAACAAGGAAAUCCUUUGAUUACGGAAUAUGGUUACUGCACAUACAGAGAUCAUCAAACAAUAUCCAUUCAAGAAAUGCCGGAAAGAGCACCAGCAGGUCAACUUCCAAGAGGUGUGGAUGUUAUUUUGGAUGAUGAUUUGGUUGAUAAAGUUAAGCCUGGUGAUCGAGUACAACUUGUGGGAAUUUAUAGGAGUUUGGGGAAUAGAAAUGCGGGGCAUAGCAGUGCACUUUUCAAAACGGUGGUAUUGGCUAAUAAUGUGGUUCUUUUAUCUUCGAAAUCAGGGGGAGGAAUUGCGACACACACCAUCACCGAUACUGAUAUUCGAAACAUCAACAAGAUCGCAAAGAAGAAGAAUCUUUUCAAUCUUCUUUCUCAAUCCUUGGCGCCUAGUAUUUAUGGACAUGAACAUAUCAAGAAAGCAAUUCUCCUCAUGUUGUUGGGUGGGUUGGAAAAGAACCUUGAGAAUGGAACACAUCUGAGAGGAGAUAUCAAUAUCCUUAUGGUUGGUGACCCCUCUACAGCCAAAUCUCAAGUACUUCGUUUCGUCCUGAAUACCGCCCCUCUUGCGAUUGCAACAACAGGUCGAGGAUCCUCCGGUGUUGGUCUCACGGCCGCUGUUACCUCCGAUAAAGAAACUGGUGAACGUCGUCUCGAAGCAGGUGCUAUGGUCUUAGCUGAUCGCGGAGUGGUAUGUAUUGAUGAGUUCGAUAAAAUGUCUGAUAUAGACAGAGUGGCUAUUCAUGAAGUGAUGGAACAACAAACCGUCACUAUUGCAAAAGCUGGUAUCCAUACUUCCCUCAACGCCCGCUGUUCCGUCAUCGCAGCCGCCAAUCCGAUCUUCGGUCAAUACGAUACCCACAAAGACCCUCACAAGAAUAUCGCACUCCCUGAUUCUCUCCUUUCUCGUUUCGAUUUACUAUUCGUAGUGACGGAUGAUAUCGAGGAUUUCCGCGAUCGACAAAUUUCAGAACACGUUUUAAGAAUGCACAGAUACAGAGACCCCCAAACGGAAGAAGGAGCCCCUGUCCGUGAACAAGCCCAUCAAACACUCGGUGUAGGUGUUGAACAAGAAGCAGAUGCCAAUCAAGUAACACCUGUCUACGAAAAAUAUAACGAAAUGUUACACGCUGGAGUCACCGUUACGACUGGCCGCGGCUCCCAUCGUAGAGUGGAAGUCCUGAGUAUUCCCUUUAUGAAGAAAUACAUUCAAUACGCCAAAACCAGAAUAAAGCCGCUCUUGACCCAAGAAGCUAGUGAUAGAAUUAGUGAUAUAUACGUAGCUUUAAGAAACGACGAUAUGCAAGGAAAUCAACGAAAGACGAAUGCAAUGACAGUUAGAACACUGGAAACUAUCAUUCGUUUGAGUACUGCACAUGCAAAAUCGAGAUUAAGCACCAGAGUUGAGGAGGUGGAUGCAUUAGCCGCUGAGAGUAUCUUGAGAUUCGCACUUUUCAAGGAAGUGCUUGAGGAUGAGAAGAAAUCCAAGAGGAGAAAGACCAGACCUCUUGAGGAUGAAUCUUCAGGAAACGAGAGUUCAUCUUCAGAUGACGAUGACUCUCCAGCUCCUACUUCUCGUGCACCAUCAACAAGAGCAACCCGCACACCUGGUACGGUGAGGACAAGAGCUUCGGCUGCUUCUUCGUCUAGACGAAAUGGUACUGGUUCAAGUGCGGUGCAGAAUAAUGAUGAGGAGGAAGAUGAUAUGUAUACAGCAAGUCCAGCACGUUCACGUCCAGCACGAGCAUCUUCAAGUCGCGCACCAACACAAUCCCAAACUUCAUUCGCAUCUUCUCUCCCUGCUUCUCAGGCUUUGAGAGGUACUUCGAGUCAAUCACAGUCCCAACCACAAAACGUAGAAGACGAAGAAGAGGAACUCGCCGCAGGAACCGCAGCGCUCAAUGUUUCAGCUGGUAUUACACCUAACCGUCUCCAAGUAUUCCGCACAACAUUAGGACAAAUGAUGAAUACAUCCCUCUUCGAAGACGAUAGUGCCGAGGUCAAUGCUAUCAUUGAGGCAGUUAACCGACGUAUUGGUGGAGCUGCGGGAGGUCUGGGGAACAACGCAGAAUACAAGAUCUUGGUUGUAUUAAGUUAUUUGUCUGUUUAUGGCCAAGCAAGAUGGAUGAAUAGAGGGACGAACGAUAAAUGUAUGCAUGUACGCGAGGAGUUUAGAGGCUCUGGUGAUAUCAAAAUUAGUUUAUGGAAUGAUUUAAUCGUGACAGCUUUCCAUUUGGCUAAUCAUGGGGCUGUACAAUAUGUGAAUGUGCUGCUGAAAGAAGUUUCUUUGGGUCGGAAACUGAGCGAUGAUUUUUACUCGAGUGAGUCUAAUGUCUUCAUGUUAUUUGGCUUAUAA